AUGGCUGCUUCUGGGGUUUGCCUCUGUGGUGGGGAUUCUGAGCUGAGAAGAGGGCUGAGUGUGGAGUCAGAUGAUGAUGAUGAGAUGCUAUCCCCUGGCUCUGUGAAGCCAGUCCCCCUUCUCAGGAAAGAUACCAGCCUAUGGAGAAGUGCAGAAAGGAACAGGAUAAAUAUGGCUUUUAAGGGAGAGGACCACUUAGAUUCCCUUUCCUUCCCAGUUCAGCGCAUGCACCUAAUCCAGGUGGACUCUGUUCAGCGCUGGAUGGAAGACCUGAAGCUGAUGACAGACUGUGAAUGUAUGUGCAUUCUCCAGUCCAAGCCCAUCAGCCUGGAGAAGGAUGAACAAAAUGAGCUCAUCCUCUCCUCCCAGUACAGCACUUGUGAUAACUUGCAGCUCCUGCUGAAGAGAGCUUGGAUCAUCAGCACUGAGCUGACCAGGAUUGCUCAGAAGCUGGAGAAGAACAGGUGGCAGAGGGUCCACAGCAUGACAGUGAGGGUCAACUGCCACGUGCACUCCAUGAUAAACGAGUACAACACCUUCUCCAGGAGCUCUUCAGAGGAAAUGCAGCAGCUUGAAAAGCUUUUAAUAGACAAGUGUUCAGAAUUUACAGCAUUCACAGAAAGGUGCUUACAGACUGAGGAUGAAGAGAUACUGAAGUCCAUGAAAUCUUGUGUUAAUGAAACUCUCACGACCGUGGCUCAAUAUUUUGGCCAGUUGAUAGAGCUGGUUUUAACACAAGAGGCACAGAGCCUGCUGAGGCAGAUAGAGCUCUCGGGCAGCCUGUCCAGCACGGAGUCGGCCGUCAGCAGUUUGUUCAGCCUGGCCCAGGAAGGCGCUCACCUCUGCCGCAUCAUAGCCAGGGAAGGAGGUGUCGUUGCUCUCUUUAAGAUCUGUCGCCAGGAUUGCUUCAGGUGCCUUUAUCCCCAGACCCUGAGAACACUGGCAUCAAUUUGCUGUGUAGAGGAAGGGAUGCACCAGCUGGAAAAGGUGGAUGGGAUCCUGUGCCUGGCUGACAUCCUCACUGAUACCAGCCAUUCUGAAGCCACCCAUGCAGAAGCAGCAGCAGUGAUUGCCCAGAUCACAUCUCCACACCUCACAUUCACUCAGCAUCUCAGCAGCUUCCUGGAAAAUAUGGAAGAAAUCGUGACAGCACUUGUCAAACUGUGCCAAGAAGCCUCAUCAGGUGAAGUUUUCCUGCUGGCUUCAGCAGCUCUUGCCAAUAUCACUUUCUUUGACACCAUGGCUUGUGAAAUAUUGCUCCAGUUAAAUGCAACAAAGAUCCUCCUGGCAGCGUGCUCAGACAAAGGCAUAGUGGAUACUCCAUAUUCCCGGGAUCAGGUGGUAACAAUAUUGGCAAACAUGUCUGUGUUGGACCAGUGUGCUUCAGAAAUCAUUCAAGGAAAUGGUGUUCAGCUUUUAAUGGAGAUGCUCUUUGAGAAACCCUCCUCUGGGAAUGCAGCAGAAGCUGCAGCCUGUGAGCGAGUCCAGCAGAAAUCUGCGGUGACCCUGGCGCGGCUCAGCCGAGACCCCGAGGUGGCAGAGGCAGCUGUAAAACUCAGCUGUAUUCCUCGCCUGAUUAAACUUUGCAGAUCACCAACAGAAAGAAAUAACAGUGAUUCUGUCUUAGUGGCAUGUCUGGCAGCCCUGAGGAGGCUGGCAGUCAUGAGUCCUGAUGGGCUGGAGGAUUCAGAUUUUCAGCAGCUGGUAAAGCCCAGACUCGUGGAUUCUUUUCUGCUGUGCACAAAUAUGGAAGAGAGCUUUGUAUAAAUGGGAGCCAAAAACCUUUGAACAAUGAUGAAGGUGAUGGGUACACAGUAAGAUAACACAUGUACAAUUUCAUUUGGGUUUAGUCCUAUUGUUAUUUAUGACUUAUUUAUUCUAAACCCAUGAACAUGUGGUUUGUCAGAGCAAAGGCACAGAAUGAGAAGACUUGUUACUGUGGUUUGAAAAGAGAAUUUUUUAUUUACUCUCCUGCCAAGACACACAAUACCUUAUCAUUGCCAUCUAGCAAAAUGUUUUGUUUAGUAUAGUUGAAUUAAGGUAAUGAAGCCAAGAAUUUGUUGCUCUGAUGUUAAAUGCUUCUGAUGAUGUUUUUUCACUGAUAUUUUUCUACAGUUAGGACAUUUUGUAGUUUUUUUAAUAAAUGUUUCAGCCUCAUCUGUAUUUGGAGAAAAAUAAUCCUAAAAGCUGCAAGUAUAUACUUUGAA